CCCCCUUCUCGCUCUCUCUCUUCCCAGUCCUCUGUUUCACUGUUCCAUUCCGUCAUUGCAGAAAAAAACACCUCCAAUUCUCCAUGCCACGUACAAAUAUAUCUGAUAUAUAUGUGCAGGGACUAUUUGGUGCAAAGAUUGGCGGGUUGUUCACGAGGCCUGCAUGGGCGUUCUUGUUGCUCGUCUUCACGUUCGUCACCGUUCUGAUGCUGCAGAUUACGUCCAACCCGUUUUUGCGGGCGUGGGUGGGCGAGGCUCCGGCCCCUGAGGGGAGCAGCACUUCCGGCGACGAGAGUUGCGCCUUUUUCUUCAGGGAGUCGGGGCCGCCGAGGAAGGUGGUGAUGUCGAUCACGGACUUCGGCGGCGUGGGCGACGGACGGACUUCGAACACGGCAGCGUUCCGGCGGGCGGUACGGGACAUGCAGUGGUUUGGCGUGAGUGGUGGGGCCCAGCUGAACGUUCCGAGAGGGAGGUGGGUCACGGGCAGCUUUAAUCUAACCAGUAAUUUCACGCUCUUUCUGGAAGAGGGAGCUGUGAUUCUGGGUUCGCAGGACCCAGAGGAAUGGCCUAUUGUGGAUUCAUUGCCCUCUUAUGGAAGAGGGAGAGAAAGACCUGGAGCACGGCAUAUAAGCCUUAUUCAUGGAGAUGGUCUCAGCAAUGUUGUUAUUACAGGCCAGAAUGGAACAAUAGAUGGUCAGGGGAAGAUGUGGUGGGACAUGUGGUGGAGCAGAACAUUGAAUCACACCAGAGGCCACCUCCUUGAACUAGUGAAUUCAAGCAAUAUACUCAUCUCCAAUCUCACCUUCAGGAAUUCUCCUUUCUGGACCAUACAUCCUGUCUAUUGCAGCAAUGUUGUGAUAAAAAACAUGACUAUCCUAGCUCCGCUCAAUGCUCCGAAUACUGAUGGUAUAGACCCAGACUCAAGUGCUCACGUGUGCAUCGAAGAUUGUUACAUUGAAAGUGGGGAUGAUCUUGUAGCUGUGAAGAGUGGAUGGGACCAAUAUGGAAUCACAAUGGCCGUUCCUAGUUUCGACAUCAUUAUAAGGAGAGUCUCGGGCACAACCCCAACAUGUUCUGGUGUUGGAAUAGGCAGUGAAAUGUCUGGUGGGGUUUCGGAUGUUACAGUGGAGGAUUUGUAUAUUAGAGAUUCAGCAGCUGGGGUGCGAUUAAAAACCGAUAAAGGAAGAGGGGGAUAUAUAGCAAACAUCACUAUUAGAAACAUCACAAUGGAGAGAGUUAAAAUACCCAUAAGGUUCAGUAGAGGCGCCAAUGAUCACCCAGAUGAGAGAUGGGACCCCAAAGCCAUUCCAAAAGUAAAGGGUGUCUUUAUAAGCAAUGUGGUAAGCAUCAACUCCACAAAAGCUCCAUUGUUAGAAGGUAUUGAAGAUGCACCAUAUGAAGGCAUAUGCAUGAGAAGUGUGAGAAUACUAGGCUUGGCGCCGUCUGUGAAGUGGAAUUGUGAGUUUGUUUCGGGUUUUGCGGAAGGGGUAACUCCAGUGCCAUGUCCCCAGUUGCAGAACAACAGCUCUUCAUCCUGGUGUUCUUACUCAACUUUCUUAAGUGGUAACUAAACUUAUACUUGGAGAAAUUGUUUUCAACAAGAAAGAUCAAUUCUGGUACGGCUAUCCGGGUUUGCUUGCAGUCUAUGUGAAUGGUGCCACAAGCAUGGCUCUGGUUGGCUUGGUUUGGCUGACCAUCUUGGCAUCCAUGAGGUUGAAGAGGAUUGAUUGACCCAAAAACAAUUUGCUCGGAGAUCAAGUUUUGAAGAGGGGUUGAAAUGCCUUGUGUAAAUAGAUAUCUGGUGAUUUUCUUACAUUUUUUCUCAAGGGUCCUGUUCACAGUUUUAUAGUUGAACAGUUCCCUCUAAACAGUUUUUAUUUCUACUUUUAUAUACCUUUUUUUGGUUC